CGAGGUCAGAUCGAUCUUCGCUUGGGUUUCUACAGCACUACAUAUGGUUGUGCCCAUUUAUGGAACUAGGGAGCAUGGCUAUAUCCAUAAAUGGAGCCUAAAGGAUAAGAACCCCCAGCGAAAUCGUCGUCUGACCAGGCUGUUCAGUAAAGAAAGUGACUCAUGCAAAACAUGAUGAAUUCAUGUCCCACUGGAUGUAUAAAAGGGGAAAAUCCGCAGAUUUUGGCCAGUACUUCGAGAUCGCCAAUUCAGGUUGGUCGGUGACAUCCAUUCUGCAGAGCGGUACCUACCACUGGAGUAUUGUGUCUAACAAAGUCCUUAUCCUCGUUUCAAAUCGAUAUUCUGAACAACCAAGAGGAUAAUUAUGGCUUCUGGCAUCAAAGUUACAGAUGAAGUGGUCACAGCUUACGACGAGGUGAAACAAAAGCACAAGUUCAAAUACGUGACCUUCAAGGUGUCAAACUGCGACACAAAGAUCAUCGUAGAAGACAAGGUUAAGGAGUCGACUUGGGAGGAAUUCCAAGCCAGUUUCCCGAAAGACGGGGCCCGUUGGAGUGUUUACGACUUUGACUACAAGAACAAGGAGGGUCAAGAUCGUAACAAGCUGAUCCUGGUCAAGUGGUGUCCAGACACAAUUAAGAUCAAGGCCAAGAUGAUGCAUUCCUCGAGCUCCCAUGCCCUCAAGAAGACGUGUCCGGGUGUCGUGAUCCAGGCCAGUGACCGCGACGAGCUCAACUUCGAUGAAGUGAGGGACAAGAUCCUCCAAACAAGCCAGUAGUGCCCCAUAUUAUAACACCAAUUCUCCCCUUUCACCGUUACCAUGAUCCUUUGCUGCCGCCAUCAUCCGCCCCCCUCCCCCGCAGGUUUACAGUUUUUUUUUUAAACUGCUGGGUUCAAAUCGCAAACUCGGCUAAAGUCUUAUUCUACAAAACAAGGUCUUACACAAGGUCGAGUGGACUGAUUCUGGACUAGCCAUUGUGCAAAAGCCUCAACACCACUUUCCUCAGUCCACCCAGAUGUAAAAAUGGGUACAUGACUUUGAUUGGGUAGGUACAAGGCAGUGGAAGGAGACAUUUGGGAUCUGCCUCCUAAUACCGUGCCCAAAACGCCGUAGAUAACCACCCACUGCCCCUACGACCCUGCCUUUCCAGUACACGAGUUUGCGGUUUAAGCCCAAUGGUUUACAACACUGCCACAAAGGAUUGUAUGUAGUGUGAAAGGUUAUAUAUAUAUAAUGAGUACAUUCCUCUUUGGGGCUUUAUUUUGUAUCUCAUGGCAAACUAAAAAAACAUGCACUACGUUAUGUUUUCGAAUUCUUUGCUACAAAUGGAAUUACAUUUUAAUUGUAUGUCAUGGAAUGAAGACUUCUACUACUAGAUGCGAUUUUCCUUAUAAAACACGGUCAGUUCAGUUCAGUUUUUCAAUUAUCCUAAAUAAUGUAAUGUCAAGUUUUAGAGGGUAAUCUUAAGUUUUCUUACCAGGGUAUCUAAUUCUAUUCGUGCCGGUAGGUGACAGAUUAUUGUGGUAACUUCGGAAAUGUUUCGCUACUGUCACACAAAUUUGCGACACACAGGUAAAAUACGUGAGCUCUACAAACUAAAUGUUGUUUUAUAUAUAUUGAAUACAAUUUAUAUGUACUAGUCAAACCUGCCCAAGACGACCACCCGGGGGACCGGCAAAAAUCGGUCGAUUUGGACAGGUGGUCGCUGAGAAGAGUAUCGACUCAAAACAUGCCCGAUGCAAAGUAUAAAUGGUU